AUGGAAUUCUCUGAAGAAUACUACCACGCCUCUCACCCAGUAGUUGUGUCUCUGAGUGACCUGCGCUCUGGUGCCAGCGAUGAUAAGCUACCGCUUGCAUUUGGCCCAAACUCACUUGGAAUUGUUCUGGUUUCAGGUAUGCCUGAAGAGUAUGUUCGAUUGAGGGAAUCCGUGUUGCUUUCCGCCUCGCGCUUGGCUCACUUGCCUCAAGACGUCCUAGCGUCGAUGGAAGUUCCGCAAGCUCAGUGGUUGGUGGGUUGGUCACGCGGACGAGAAAAACUGGAAGGCAGCGGUGACAAGCCCGAUACUCAAAAGGGAUCCUUUUAUGUUAACUGUGCAUUUCAUACCUGCGAUGAUCUGGAAGCUCCACCAAGCGCUGAUGUCAAAGGUUAUGAAAAGGGCUAUGAGAUAUACACGCAUUCCAAUGUAUGGCCACCGGAAGACUUAGAGUUUAAACGUAAUCUCAAAGACCUGUGCAACUUGAUGAUUGAUACAGCAGCAGUGGUGGCUGCUGCUUGUGAUCGGCUCUUUGGCGGUAAACUUCCUGGGUACGAAAAGGGUCACCUAGAGCAUAUUGUAUCAACCUCGACAACAACAAAAGCCCGUCUUUUGCAUUAUUUCCCAUCCAAACCAGACGAAGAUAUCGAUCCUGAAGAAGGUAGUACGUGGUGUGGUGAGCACACUGACCACUCUUGCAUCACUGCCUUAACGGCAGCCAUGUAUUUUGACGAUUCGCUCUACCCGCUGGUCCACGAGAUCCAGGAACAGUUCCCAGGCAGUGGGUUACACGUGCGCAACCGACGCGGUGAAACGGUACAUGUGAAAAUUCCUCCGGAUUGUUUGGCGUUCCAGACAGGUUCCGCUCUUGAGGAAACAACAAGUGGACGGUUCAAGGCUGUUCCGCACCGAGUUGCGCGUGGGAAACUGCCCGCAGGUGUAUGUCGCAACACUCUUGCGGUAUUUUGCCAACCGGCUCUCGGCGCGCCCGUGGGUCCUCGAUAUUCAGAUUUUGCGACAUUUGCACGUUCCGUCGUAGAGCGAAAUCAUCAGUGA